CGAGAGCCGCUCGGGCCGAUUCAGUCCAAUGCAUGCACUAAUAAUUCUGACCAGUUUCAGGAACCGGUUCAGCUGACUCGUUCAAAAGAGUCGACUCCAAAGAACCAUUCCUUCACGAAUCGGACAUCGCUACAAGACAGAUACGGGGGUGUUUUGACGUGCGGAUGCGGCUCGGGCAAGCUGCGGUGGAUGUGAUUGAGCUCCAUGAUUCUCCCCUCUCGGGGCCAGAGUUCACACCAUCCGAGGGGAACGCGAAUAGGCAGCCAGAUAGGCGCGAAUGUGCCAUUUUGCAAGUGAGAACACAGACAACUGUGACAAGCAGCUAAAGAUACAAGGAUACAACAAAGUGAUGUCACACCGUCUACCAGGGGGUGGCCGUCCCCUGCCGGAGUCGCACAGCCUCUGACGUCCAUGGGGCGGACACCCCUGCAACCAAGCCGCUGAGUGCGUGUGCGUGUGUAGCUGAAGCCGAGCGCAAUGGGCAGUCUGGGAGAGGGAGUUGACCCGGGCAUGGUGAGCGAAGCUCUUCUGGAGGCCCUUUGCUCUGAAUGUGGACAGAUUCACCGCGCCUGGGAGAACCACCUUUAUAACUAUCGCCUAGAAGUGGACGAUGAUUUGGUGUGCCACAUCUGCCUUCAGCCGUUAGUUCAGCCCCUGGAUACACCAUGUGGCCACACCUUCUGUGCCCGCUGCCUGCGCAGCUUUCUGCAGGAACGGGACUUUUGUCCGCUGGACCGUGCACAUCUGCAGCUGCAGGUCUGCCGGCGCUCCAGCAUUCUGGUGCACAAGCUGCUGGAUAAGUUGUCGGUCACCUGUCCGCUGACGCCUUCUUGUUCUCUCAGCAUGCCGCGCUGUGACCUGGAGGCACAUCUCAAACACAGGUGUCCUGGAACACAGAGUCAGCGAACAAAGCUGGAGCGGACGCGAAUGGAGGGAAGCGAGGACAGGGUCACAACGACCAACCCUCCCAGAUCCCCCCAGACUGAGAUGAAGGAGAGUACGCCAUCACCACCUGCUGGAUCCAACGCGUCCAACAAUGUUCCUACAUGGACAGAAGAGCCUGGCGUAGACAACCCUGCCUUUGAAGAGAGCACUGAAGAAGAUAGUGUCCAUGGUCUAGAAUGUGCUCCUCCACGUGUAAAGCGUCCUCUUAGCAACCCGUGCAUCCAUCUUCUCCGCACUGGCAGUUCGGCCUCUUCGGGAUGGGACUUUGUUGAAACGCUGCCUCUUUCUGCUGAAGAAGGUUGUGUGAAACUUCCAUCUCUACCUGAGGGAGAAAUCACAGCUAUUGAGGUUCAUCGUGCAAACCCUUACACAGAGCUGGGCAUAAGUAUUGUCGGUGGAAACGAGACCCCCCUGAUAAAUGUGGUAAUACAGGAAGUGUACCGUGACGGUGUUAUAGCCCGAGACGGACGGCUGCUGGCCGGCGACCAAAUACUUCAGGUGAACAAUGUCGACAUCAGUAAUGUGCCCCAUAAUUUUGCACGCUCUACCCUGGCCCGUCCCUGCGCCACUUUGCAAUUGACGGUUCUGAGAGAGCGCCGCUGUUCUGCCAGGCCGCCUGCGGCGACUGCUUCGCCCAAGGGCAGCCCUGCCAGCAUACGCAUCACCCUGCACAAGCGGGAAUCUUCAGAGCAGCUGGGGAUCAAGCUGGUGCGGCGUACAGAUGAAGCGGGUGUGUUUAUCCUGGACUUGCUGGAGGGAGGGUUAGCCGCUAAAGACGGACGACUUUGCAGCAACGACAGAGUGCUGGCCGUCAACGAGCAUGACCUGAGACACGGCACGCCUGAGCAGGCAGCUCAGAUUAUACAGGCUAGUGGAGAAAGAGUCAAUCUGCUGAUUAGCCGGUCCAGCAAGCAGACUAUGGCCGUGCACAUAGGCUCCACCUUGACCAGGGACGUUUGGAGCCAUGAACACAUUCCGCCGCUUCCCUGCACCACGACCCCAAGCCCCGUCCCAAGUCUGCACCUUGCCAGGUCUUCCACCCAGAGAGAUCUCUCCCAGUGUGUGACCUGUAAGGAGAAACACAUCACUGUGAAGAAGGAACCGCAUGAGUCUCUGGGUAUGACUGUGGCAGGUGGACGAGGCAGCAAGAGUGGAGAGCUGCCAAUAUUUGUGACGAGCGUCCAGCCCCAUGGCUGCCUGUCAUGUGAUGGACGAAUCAAACGUGGGGAUGUACUGUUGAGUAUUAAUGGUCAAGAUUUGACCUAUCUGAGCCACAGCGAGGCAGUGGGCACACUGAAGUCCAGCGCCGCGUCCUGCUCUGUCCAGCUGAGGGCACUAGAGGUGAACACAGUUGAAGAACCGGGCCUGGACGAAGAACUUCUCCCUCCGCACGAAAACGACUAUGACGCAAGCUGGUCUCCAUCAUGGGUCAUGUGGCUUGGACUUCCCAGCUACCUGCAUAGCAGUCAUGAGAUCGUCCUCCGCAGAAGUCACCCUGGCAGCUGGGGCUUCAGCAUUGUUGGAGGUUAUGAGGAGAACCACAGCAGCCAGGCGUUCUUUAUCAAGACUAUCGUCCUUGGAACACCCGCUUACUACGAUGGACGUCUGAAGUGUGGUGACAUGAUAGUGGCUGUAAAUGGUCUAUCCACGGCUGGCAUGAGUCAUUCUGCCCUGGUGCCCAUGCUGAAGGAGCAGCGGAGCAGGGUAGCGCUCACCGUCGUGUCCUGGCCAGGAAGCCUGAUUUAACCCCGGCGGGACACCAUGCCUCACCUCAGACAGCGCUCAUAUCUGUGUGUUCUAAUGGUCCUAUGUGUUCUACUCUCUGCCACGGAGGCACCAUACUGUCAAAGCCAGAGUCUCGGAAAAUCGAAUGCUUUUACUUGAUGCUGAAUAAACCAGGCCUUAGAAAACCUGCCACGCCCAUGAGGCCAUACCCCCCUCUGGAGAGCAGCCUUAAGGUCUCCCCUCACCAUGCCGAUCAGCAGUCCACUCUACCGGAGGUUUUAUAUACAUGUUAUCUCUAAAUGUGAUCUAUGUUUGUGAAUGUUUGUGUAAAAGAGAGACCGAACAAAAGUGUAUGUGUGCAAGUAUGAAUGGAUGAAUGUGCACAGCUGUUUAAUAAAUCUUUCCCAGUGAGGAUACAAGA